ACGAAGAGCUGCUCGAUCGAUCAAUUCCAAGUGUAGCUAGGCUAGGCAACAAACUAAACAGUUCCAGCUCUAGACGGCAGGCGGCGGCCAUGGCCGAUCUUCUGUACCAGUCCAUUAUACUCUCGGUGGUCACGGUGGUGCUGCUCCAGGUCCUCAAGCUCCGCAUCCGGCCGAGAGCGAGGACGCCGCCGGGGCCGUCGAGGCUGCCGGUCAUCGGGAGCAUGCACCACCUCCUGAACGUGCUCCCGCACCGCGCCCUGAGGGACCUGGCGGCCGUGCACGGCCCGCUCAUGAUGCUCCAGCUCGGGCAGACCCCUCUCGUGGUGGUGUCGUCGAGGGAGAUGGCCCGCGAGGUGCUCAGGACGCACGACGCCACCUUUGCCACCCGCCCCAAGCUCCUCGUCGGCGAGCUCGUCCUCUACAGCUACGCCGACAUCCUCUUCUCGCCCUCCGGCACAUACUGGCGCAAGCUCCGGCAGCUCUGCGCCGCCGAGAUACUCAGCCCCAGCCGCGUCCUUUCCUUCCGGCACAUCAGGGAGCAAGAGAUGAGCAAUCAGGUACAAGACAUCCAUGCUCAUGCGGUCGGGCCAUCGACGCCGGUGGAUGUCACCGCGAUUUUCUCCGGCCUAGCGAUCAGCAUCAUCUCCCGCGCGUCCUUCGGGAACAAGCAGAGGAACGCGCGGGAGUUCCUGUCGGCGGCCAAGACCGGAGUCACACUCGCCAGCGGCUUCAAGAUCCCCGACCUCUUCCCGGCAUGGCGGUCCGUGCUCGCCAGGGCGACCGGCAUGCGCCGCACCUUGGAGGACGUCCACCGGACGAUCGACUCAAGCCUGGCCGAGGUCAUAGAAGAGAGGGAAUGCGUCCGGCAGGACAAGGCCAAGAGCGGCAGCACGGCGGCCUCCGACGAGGAGAACCUCGUCGACGUGCUCAUCGGCCUGCAAGAGAAAGGCGGGGCGCACCACCUGAGCACCAACAGCAUCAAGGGCGUCAUACUCGACAUGUUCGUGGCCGGGAUCGGCACGAUCUCGUCGUCGCUGGACUGGGGCAUGGCGGAGCUGAUGCGGAGCCCGAGGGUGAUGGGCAAGCUGCAGCGCGAGCUCCGGGAGGCGUUUCGCGGCAGGGCGGCCAUCGGCGAGGGCGACGUCGAGGCGGGCGACCUCCCCUACCUGAAGCUCUUCAUCAUGGAGAACCUCCGGCUGCACCCGCCGGCGCCGCUCCUGGUCCCCCGGGAGAGCAUCCACGCGUGCGAGCUCGACGGGUACGUGAUUCCGGCAGGCUCGCGCGUCGUCGUCAACGCAUGGGCGAUCGGAAGGGAUCCAAGGUACUGGGGAGAGGACGCCGAGGAAUUCAAGCCUGAGCGGUUCGUGGACAGCCCCGUCGAUUUCACGGGGAGCAGCUACGAGUUUCUGCCGUUCGGGGCUGGCCGGAGGAUGUGCCCCGGCGUCUCGUACAGCCUCCCCUUCCUGCAGAUGGCGCUCGUGCAGCUCUGCUACCACUUCGACUGGUCUCUGCCCGAAGGCAUCGUGGAGGUGGACAUGACGGAGGCGGAUGGCCUCGGCCUACGCCGGAAGUCGCCGUUGCGGCUCUGUGCAACACCGUUCAUCCCCGAGUCAGCGUGCUAAUACAGUAUUUUUUUUAAUCAAACGUGCUAAUACAGUUAGAAAAAU